UGUCUCACUCCAGAGACUGUCUCACUCCAGAGACUGUCUCUCUGUCUCACUCCAGAGACUGUCUCACUCCAGAGACUGAGCACUAGCUCCUCUGUCUUACUCCAGAGACUGUCUCACUGUCUCACUCCAGAGACUGUCUCACUGUCUCACUCCAGAGACUGUCUCUCUGUCUCACUCCAGAGACUGUCUCACUCCAGAGACUGUCUCACUGUCUCACUCCAGAGACUGUAUCUCUGUCUCACUCUCUGUCUUGUGUCUGUCUCACUGAAUGAUCGGGGUCACUAUGUCGUUUUUUAACUUCCGUAAAAUCUUUAAACUGGGAGCCGAGAAGAAGAAGAAACAGUACGAGCACGUGAGGAGGGACGAGGACCCGGAGGAGGUCUGGGACAUCAUCGGGGAGCUGGGAGACGGAGCCUUUGGGAAAGUGUUCAAGGCUCAGAACAAACAGACGGGAAUUCUAGCUGCAGCCAAAGUGAUUGACACAAAGACCGAGGAGGAGCUGGAGGACUACAUGGUGGAGAUCGACAUCCUGGCCUCCUGCGACCACCAAAACAUUGUCAAACUGCUCGACGCUUUCUAUUAUGAGAGCAAACUGUGGAUCCUCAUUGAGUUCUGUGGUGGAGGGGCUGUGGAUGCAGUCAUGCUCGAACUGGAGAGACCUCUGACGGAGCCUCAGAUCAGGGUGGUGUGUAAGCAGACUCUGCAGGCCCUCGUCUACCUCCACGACAACAACAUCAUCCACAGAGACCUGAAGGCUGGCAACAUCCUCCUCACGCUGGCCGGAGAUGUCAAGCUGGCUGACUUUGGUGUGUCUGCCAAAAACACCAAAACCCUGCAGAGGAGAGACUCUUUCAUCGGGACACCUUACUGGAUGGCUCCAGAGGUGGUGAUGUGUGAGACGUCCAAGGACCGUCCGUACGACUACAAGGCUGAUAUCUGGUCCCUGGGGGUCACGUUGAUAGAGCUGGCACAGAUUGAGCCGCCCAAUCACGAGAUGAACCCCAUGAGAGUCUUGCUGAAGAUAGCCAAGGCGGAUCCUCCUUCCCUGAUGCAGCCGUCACGCUGGUCCCCAGAAUUCAGUGACUUCUUAAAGCGCUGUUUGGACAAGCAUGUGGACAACCGAUGGAACCCAACACAACUGCUACAGCAUUCAUUUGUGUCCAGUGUGACUGACAGCCGGCCUCUGAGGGAGCUCAUAGCAGAGGCAAAGGCUGAGGUCACGGAGGAGAUAGAAGACCACAAAGAGGAAGAAGAGGACGAAGACACGGAAGGACAGCCGGGCCACAAACGCGCCCCCUCUGAUGUCAGCGUUGCCAGCUCAGAGGAUGAGAAGAUCCCCCUCUCUCCCUCCAUCCUGGAACCAGUCGCUGAGAAGGUUGAGCCCACUCCCACUGAGCUCCCUGUGGCCAACCAUGUGGUGGACACCAGCUUUGUUGAAGAGGCCACUACCCCUGUAGCUGAGGAGACUGCAAACACUCCAGAUGAGGACGGAGAGAUGGAGCAGAAACCAGUGGAGGAAAAGCCCCCAGACGCAGGAGGAGAUGUUGCCUCCCCAGAAUCAGAGACGGAACCAGAGGCACCUGCAAAGGAAAUGCAGCAGCUGGAGAUCGCAGUCGAGGAUGAAAAGGAAGUGGACACAUCGGAGGUUCCAGCUCAUCCACAGGCCAGCACAGAGGGUUCAGAGGUCACUAAGGCUCCUCAGGAGGAGAAGACGGCUGUUGUGGAGGAGUCAAAUGUACCAGUGGAGGAGGAGGAGGAGGAGGAGGACCGGUACAAAAAUCUCAAGGUGACACUGACACUACCAGAGCAAGAUAACGUUGUCCCAAAUAAGGAGGAUGGAGAGAAGCCCACAGAAAAGGAGGAGAUGAAUGCAGAAGAUGAGAAGGCGGUUCCAGACAAAGCUAAGGACGACAAAGAGAGGGAUUCAGACUCGGGCAGCGGCUCAGCUGCAGAUAACAGCAGUGGAGACCUCAAUCUGUCUAUCUCCAGCUUUCUGUCCAAAACAAAAGAGCCUGGGUCUAUUUCCAUACAGGACAACAAGCGUCAGAAGAAGACGUUGAAAAAGACUCGCAAGUUCAUUGUGGAUGGAGUGGAAGUUAGCGUGACUACAUCAAAGAUCAUCACUGACAAUGACACCAAGAACGAGGAGAUGAGGUUCCUCAGACGCCAGGAGCUGAGGGAGCUGCGUUUCCUGCAGAAGGAGGAGCAGAGGGCCCAGCAGCAGCUCAGUAACAAGCUGCAGCAGCAGAAGGAACAGAUCUACCGGCGCUUUGAGCAGGAGACCACGAGCAAGAAGCGUCAGUACGACCAGGAGGUGGAGAACCUGGAGCGGCAGCAGAAGCAGACCAUCGAGAGGCUGGAGCAGGAUCACACCAACCGGCUCAGGGACGAGGCCAAACGCAUCAAAGCGGAGCAGGACAAGGAGCUGUCCAAGUACCAGAACGUGCUGAAAAACCGCAAGAAAGAGGAACAAGAGUUUCUCCAGAAGCAGCAGCAGGAUCUGGACAGCGCUCUGAAGAAGAUUAUCCAGCAACACAAACACGAGCUGGCCACCAUCGAGAGAGACUGCCUCAACCACAAGCAGCAGCUUCUCCGAGCACGGGAGGCUGCCAUGUGGGAGCUGGAAGAGCGUCAUCUGCAGGAGAAACACCAGCUGUUCAAACAGCAGCUCAAAGACCAGUACUUCAUGCAGAGACAUCAGCUGCUGAAGAGACACGAGAAGGAGAUGGAGCAGAUGCAGCGCUACAACCAGCGUCUGAUCGAGGAGAUGAAGAACAAGCAGACGCAGGAGAGGACCAGGCUGCCCAAGAUUCAGCGCAGCGAUGCCAAGACCCGCAUGGCCAUGUUCAAGAAGAGCCUCCGUAUCACCGGAGCCGUCAUAACCCCCGAGCAGGAGAGGGAGAAGGUCAAGCAGUUUGCAGCCCAGGAAGAGAAGAGACAGAAGAACGAGAGGCUCCAUCAGCAGCAGAAACAUGAGAACCAGAUGAGGGACCUGCAGCUGCAGUGUGACGCCAACAUCCGAGAGCUUCAGCAGCUACAGAAUGAGAAGUGCCACCUGCUCAUCGAACAUGAGACCCAGAAGCUGAAGGAGUUGGACGAGGAGCACAGUCAGGAGCUGAAGGAGUGGAGGGAGAAACUACGACCCAGGAAGAAGGCCCUGGAGGACGAGUUUGCCAGGAAGCUGCAGGAACAGGAAGUGUUCUUCAAGAUGAGCGGCGAGUCGGAGUGCCUUAACCCGUCCAGCCAGAGCCGCAUCUCCAAGUUCUACCCCAUCCCCAGCGUCCACUCCACGGGUUUCUAGUAGACCUACACACCGUGCACAUGGACGUGAGCACACACACACACACACAUACAGCGACAGCACAGACUGAACCGAGCUGCCUUGCCCUCAUCCUCUGAAAGCUGUCGGGGGUUUUAAGAAGCAUUUCUGUUUCUGGACUUUGCUCCUCAGUCUGCAGUCUCAUCCUCGUUCUGUUCAUGAUGUCAUGUUUUCACACUGAAGGAUUCAUAAUUCAGAUUCAGUGUUUGAGUGAAGGAGCUGUCUGCCCAACCUUCCUGUUAUGAUUGAAUGUUUUUUUUAUGAAGACUCCGGUGCCUGUAGAACUUAAUCUGUUCGGCUUUGAAGUAAUUGAAUUGAAGUAAUUUAUGCUAAUUAUUUACUGCUCAAUUCUUUUCUUAUUCAGACAUUUGUACGGAAGCCCUGAGAAGCAACUAAGACUUAAAAAUAUUGUGGUGAUCCAUUUUCCAAGUGUGAUCUAAACUGUGUUCUCUCCUGUUUCUUACUUAAAGGGAGAGUUUAGGAGUAGCAGCAUGGUUGCUAGGUGAUGUACAGCAGGUUUCCAGCUGCCAAAAAGAAAUGUGCUCCUGUUUCACAGGUGAGGAGAAAGAUUAUCUUGGCCAAACCUUGGAGAUCAGACUUUUUCUCACUGGCCUCUCAGGGCUUCCCUACUCAUAUUUUAUACAACUGAAACAAACUGUUGAUGAUUCCAUCUAGUUAUUAAAUAUCAAACCGCAACCUUCUCAUUUAUACUAGAUGAUAACAUAGAAUGUAUUUCUGCUAGAGGAGAUCACUCUUGAAGGAAUGAUCCAGUAUAUGUUUCAUAUCUCUGUGUUAGACUUUAGGUUGUGAUGAGUAGAGCUUAAGAUGAUGCAUGAACUAAAGCUUUAGGAACCUUUUCCAGCAGAGACCAUUCCUUCUUUCAGGCUGUUUCCUCAGAAUGUCUUCAGCUUACGGUGGAGUCGAAGGAUCACUGUGAUAGAAACAAACACUGUCCAACAACCAUCUCUGAACCUGUCCAUGGGUCUGGUUUUAUUUUUUAGGAUCCACCACUUUAUUAGUGUCAAGUAAAAAAAGAUGUAGCUGUAGGAUCAGUAUUCAGGGAUGAAUAAAGAAUGCAUUUCUUCACUGACGUCUAUAACAUUUGAAAGAGUGAAACUCACUGAUCCAACCUCUAAACGGCUCUCCGAUCAGCUCAACAGUAAGGAGCUAAUCUGCAGUCCCACAUCACAUGCUGCUCCUCGUGAGGAGUUCAUGAGGAGGCCUGCACGGCUUUACUUCCUUCUGCUUGUUGAAAUAGUGUUUGCAUUGUGGCGCUAGCUAAUAGCCUUAAUAAUGGAUAUACUGAACAGCCAACCGUUCUGCUCUCUGACUGCGGGGGGGGGGAGCUAACAGUUUCAGAAUGAUUGCAUCUGUAUUGGAAGAAAUAAACACAACCUGAGCUCUUGUCAUUUCUUUUAUUCAGGCGGAUGUCUUGUGAAUGACAUCAUAGUUGAUGCAGAUGUAGAAACAAAGGAGAAGUGGACCUGGCUUUGUUUGGGCCAUCUUGACCUGUGAUUGGUUCAUCGUAUCAUCUCAUUUUACUUAUGAUUGGCCUGUAUUUAAUAACUGAUCUAACUGCUGUGUACCAAACAUUGCAUUGGAGUGCUGUGCACCUUUUCCAGAACUUUCUCAGUAGCUAUUUAUAUGAAAUGCCCGUCCUCACUGCAGAGUAUUCUCUCAUUGGAGGUUUGCAGCAUGAUGACAUUCUGAAUGAAAACAAUGAUAAACGUAUCAAAAUCAUUAUGCAUAUGAAGAAAAAAAAGAAGUGUUUUUAGAGAAGCUGUGUGAUGUUGAUGUUCAUUGUGAUGUAAAUAAACUGU